CAGGGCUCUGCCAGGAGUGGGAAGGUUGUAAAGCACUUAGCUGAAGGCUAAGGGACAAGUGGCAUUCUCAAUCCGUGGCAGUGGCUGUGGCUGUGCCCCUAACUGGAUUGACAGGAACCAGUGCCCCAAGGCCUGGAUCAUCUUCAGAGCACUUCCUGUACCAAUUCCUGUGGAGCCUCCCUGGGGACCAGGAAGCAGAGGACAGAAAGGAGAACUUGGCAUGUGAACUCUGGACUUUCUAGAAGGACACUGCCCCUCUCCUCCUGGGCUUGGUGUGGGCAGGAGACAUCAGAGCUGAAGAAAUGACCCCAGGAGUGAUGGGAGUGUGGCUGCCUUCAGCUCUGCUCCUCUUGCAGGUCCCAGGCUGUGUCCCUCUGCGUGGCCCCAGCAAGGUGACAGGCACUGUGGGGGCAUCCCUGAGUGUGCAGUGUCAGUACGAGGAGAAAUACAAGAAUAAUGAGAAAUACUGGUGCAGAGUGUCGCUGCUACCAUCAUGUAAAGAGAUUGUCAGGACCAGAGCCUCAAAAGAAGCUGGGAAAGGCGGAGUGUCCAUCAGGGACCAUCCAGCCAACCUCACCUUCACAGUGACCUUGGAGAACCUCACCCUGGAGGAUGCAGGCACCUACAAGUGUGCGGUGGACAUACCGUUUAUCAAAGGCUCCUUCUGGGAAAUCGAUCCCACCUUGGGGAUCAAUGACUCCUUCAAAGUUGUGGUGUCCGUGGUCCCAGCUCCAGUCACAGGCUCCAGCCCCGAGAACAGAGCAAAUACCCUGGGGUCCCCCACAUCCUCACCAGUGCACACUCAGCCCAGCAUGACCACAGAGGACACAACUCCUGGUCCCAGCCUACAACCCCGGUCCCUGGUGAGCAGCAUCUACUUCAAGCUCCUGGUCUUUCUGGAGGUGCCCCUGCUCCUGAUCAUGCUCAGUGCUGUCCUCUGGGUGAACAGGCCUCAGAGGUGCUCUGGGAAGAAGCAGCAUUGUCCUGAUUAUGAGAAUCAGUGAGGUCUGUUGACAUCAAAGCUCUGUUCAUGUCCCUGGACACAGCUCUUCUGGUAGCAGAGGACAUCAAAUAAAACUAUGUUCCUGAGAA